GCGACGCUUGUGAACACAAGUACGUGACGCGGAAUGUUUGCCGUGUCCGGAAGUGCUGUAGCAUUUUGGCCAGCUUGGAUGUGUUAGACCUUAUUUAUUAUGGUCAGCUCAGCCAUUAAAAUGGGUAUUGUUUAGUUCUAAGUAAGCGACCACGUGUAUUUGUUUGAUGCACAACGUACUCCGAGUACGUGGCGCAGCUAGAAACUUUAGAUAAAAACCUGACUGGUAUGCGAGAUGGAUAGCUAGCCGGAUAGCUAGCAGGCUAAUUAACUGUAGGUUUGUAUUCGUUUACUGCUUGUUUUAAAGCCAAGUUAUAAGGGAAGUAUGAGUAGGAGUUAGAAGACUGUUCACAUUCUUCAGCGAUAAAUGCGAUGCGGUUUAACUUCAUUAAUCAGGUGUCAGUGAUGUUAGGGAUACUGAGAACAUAAGUACUUUAACUGGGCUUCAACUGGUUGUUUGUGGGCUUGAAAAUGGAUGAGAAAUACAGCAGCAACGUACUCUCAGGGGGAAAACUGGGCAUGGUCGAAGUGCCCGAUUCCAGGUUAACUAGGUACAUAGUUCUGCUGGUCAUCUCGAAGGUUCUCAAGGCUCUAGGGAUCUUUGAGUCAUAUGAUAUUCUAAAAGUUGUUCACAUUGUCCAGUUUGUCUUCAUACUAAAAUUAGGAAGUGCGGUUAUUCUACUUUUCUUUCAAAAGCCUUUUUCCUCUGGCAAAGUCAUCUCAAAAAGACAGUGGAUAAAGUUACUAAAGCAUGCUGUUUUCAGCUGUGUCGUAUCACUUCUGGGCUUCUUUGGUCUAACUCUUUGUGGACCUCUAAGGACAUUGUUGCUUUUAGAGCACAAUGACGUGGUGGUCAUUGGUCUCCUCAGUGUCCUGUUCACAAGCUCAGGAGGGGGCCCAUCCAAGACCAGAGGUGCCGCUUUCUUCAUCAUCGCUGUGAUCUGCCUCCUCCUUUUUGACAACGAUGAUCUAAUGGCGAAGAUGGCAGACCACCCUGAGGGACAUCAUGACAGUGCGCUAACUCAUUGCCUUCACACUGCAAUUGCAUUUUUAGGGGUUGCGGAUCACAAAGGUGGAGUUGUGCUGCUGGUGGUAUCUCUGUGUCUGAAAGUGGGCUUCCACACAGCCUCCAGGAAACUGUCAGUGGAAAUUGGUGGUGCAAAACGCCUCUAUGCCCUUGACAGCCUGGUUUCUGCCAUGGUGCUGCUGCCAUGGGUCAUAGUGCUGUCAGUGACCACAGAAAGCAAAGUGGAAUCAUGGUCAUCCCUCGUCCUGCCUUUUGGGGUGAUCAUCUUCUUUGUUAUGAUCCUGGAGUUUUAUGUCGAGGCCAUCUGCAACACAAAGAUGGAGACACCAAGGUGUGCCCGCUACGGUGCCAUUGCACUCUUCCUCAGUGCCCUGCUGCUGGCCAACUUCUGGACUCACCCGCUGACUGACCAACUGCGCUACAUGAGCAAACCAUCUCAGCAGGUCAGCACAGAGCACGUGCUCUCUGGAGGAGUGCUAGUCAGCAGCAUCUUCUUCAUCAUGUCGUCCAGUAUUCUUACAUCUCCAUCAAAGAAAGGUCACAAGGGCACCUUGGUUGGUUAUUCGCCUGAAGGCACUCCUCUUUACAACUUCAUGGGCGACGCCCUGCAACACACGUCACAGUCUCUGCCACGUUUCAUCAAAGAUUCAUUAAAACAGAUCCUGGAGGAAUACGACUCUCGUCAGAUCUUCUACUUCCUGUGUCUUAACCUGGUGUUCACCUUUGUGGAGCUGUUUUACGGCGUUUGGACUAACAGCCUGGGGCUGAUCUCUGAUGGCUUCCACAUGCUGUUUGACUGCUCUGCUUUAGUCCUGGGCCUGUUUGCUGCCCUUAUGACCCGCUGGAAGGCUACCAGGAUCUUCUCCUACGGGUAUGGUCGUGUUGAAAUACUUUCUGGCUUCAUCAACGGUUUGUUCCUGAUGGUCAUCGCUUUCUUUGUCUUUGUGGAGUCAGUCACACGUCUGUUGGAUCCUCCUAACAUAAACACUGACAUGCUGACUCCGGUGUCUGUCGGAGGCUUGCUAGUCAACCUGGUGGGUAUCUGCGCAUUCAGUCAUGCUCACUCCCACGGUGGCAAAAGCUGCUCCUCACAUGACCAUGGUCACUCGCACCAUGGCCACUCCCACAACGAGCACAGCCAUGGAGGUCACGGCCACUCACAUGGGGGACAUGGACACAGUGUGCACGGGCACUCUCAUGGCUCAGGGGGUGGAGGCAUGAAUGCCAAUAUGAGAGGUGUUUUCCUUCAUGUCCUAGCUGACACUUUGGGCAGCAUUGGUGUAAUCAUCUCCACCAUACUCAUCCGUCAGUUUGGCUGGCUGAUUGCUGACCCUAUUUGCUCGCUCUUCAUCUCUACGCUCAUUUUUCUCAGCGUCAUCCCUCUGAUGAAGGACUCCUGUGAGGUUCUUCUUCUACGAGCUCCGCUAGAACAUGAGAAAGACCUGAACAGUGCGCUGGAGAAGAUCGAGAAGAUUGAAGGCGUUCUGUCAUACAGAGACCCUCACUUCUGGAGGCAUUCAGCCAACAUGAUCGGUGGGACCAUCCACCUGCAGAUCAUGCCCGAUGUUGUGGAGCAGAGGAUCAUACAGCAGGUCACACCCAUUUUGAAAGACGCCGGGGUGAACAAUCUGUCAGUCCAGGUGGAGAAGGAGACAUACUUCCAGCACAUGUCAGGACUCAGCACCGGAUUUCAUGAAGUUCUGGCAAUGACACAACAGAUGGAGUCUAUGAAAUACCUGAAAGAUGGGACGUGGAUCAUGUAACGUCCAUCUAUGGGACCAAAUGAAACAUUAGUGGUUCUUUUUCAUUGAAAUGUACAGAAUAUGUAUGUGAUUUAAAUAAAUAUGGAUAUACUGGUUUAA